GUCCUCCAGCUCGACAUCUGCAACUUCACAAGGAUGUCGCAGGGAAGUUCAGCCAUGGAGAUCGCGCAGAUGGUGCACAAACUGUUCUCCAGCUUCGAUCAGGCGGUGAUGAAGUACAAACUCUUCAAGAUCGACACGGUCGGGGACGCCUACAUCGUUGCUGGAUGGCUGCCCUGCGACAGUGACUGGUCCAUGAAGGAGGAGACGAGAGCUUCUUGCUCCUCCAUUCUCAACCUCGCGCGCCUGAUGCUGAGGGCUCUACGCAAGCAUAACAGGGAGAGAGGAGGGAAGGAGGAGCUUAGCUGCCGUGUCGGCAUAGCGGUGGGUCUGGUGGCGUCGGGGGUGCUGGGGAGGAGACACUCGCGGUUCUACGUGGUGGGGCAGGCGAUGAGGGAGGUCGACCUGCUGGAGCAGACGGCCCUGAUCAACAACGUUCACGUCAGU